CCUAUUUAUAUACAAGUAAGAUGGAUAUCUAAACCAAAAAACUGAAUCGAAUCCAAAACAGAUAUUGCUUACUCAAAUCUCAUAUUAAACCUUUAAUAAAUUUAAUUAGAUGCAAUAAAACAGAAUUUGGGUGCUAGGCCAACCACGUUGAUGACCGGUAAUUGAAAGUAGCCGAGGUGCAAAAUGACCUGGUGAAGCCGGUCAUUGCUUUGAUACCAACACAAUAACCUGCCCUCGUGAUUCGUGCGCGCGUUCCUCUCUUGUGUCAGCCACACGUCUUUCUUUGCAGCUUUCUGCCCCUCUCUCUGUGCUCCGCUUGGGAGUUUCAGCCCAAACGCCGACCAAAUCAUCCGAAGAAAAAUCCUUUACAGGAGCUGGUUCUAGCCUAAAGGAUUCUGCAAUUAGUUUAAAGUUUCUAUUAAACAAAAUCUAUUAUCAAGCUAAGGCGAUGAAUAGUGCUUGACGCAAAUAAGGAACCAUCAACAACGAUUUACUUUGCAUUUGGCUUUUCCUUUGUUGCCAAAAAGAAUUUCCAGGCAGCUUUCAGGAUAGCCACAGUUAUCUUUGUAAAUGGAGGUCCUUUCCUGCCCUUCCUGGCAACCCAUACAUUUGUUUUCUGAUUUGAGUUGCAGGUGCAUUGUGUUGGUUUCUUGAAACGAUGGACUUCUGGUUUAAGGGAAUUAAUGAGGACAUGUCUGAGUGUUCCUUUAAUGAGAGGGACAUUCAGAGAUGUCCAUUUCUUAGGAACAUCAACAAGCCCACAAACUUCUCAGUCUCUUCACUGAAUUUCCCCAUUCCUGUACAGGGAGCAAGAGGUCCAAUAUUUGAAGAUGCUCCAAAUUUUGAUAUGGCGUUUAAGCUCUUUCAUGGGAAGGAUGGCAUUGUACCACUCUCGGGGAGGUGGUCUGAUGGCGGCUGUAGUCUGAAACAGGGGCCUACUCCCCAAUUUAACCCCUUAGCAGCAAAAGUUGCAACAAUCAGUCUGUCAGCAUUUGUGGUGGGAGGACCAUUCAGCUGUCCCUUCACGGAUAAAUGGAAGAACCAGAAAAAGACUGACUCAUCCAACAAGCAAGAAACCUCUUCUCAGAAUGGGCAUUCAUCAAACCAUGAUGUUUUGGGAGAUGAGUGGUUACAAACUGGGAAUUGCCCAAUUGCGAAAUCCUACAGAGCAGUGAGUCGUGUCCUACCAUUUGUGGCAACAGCUCUUCAACCCCCACCUGGCAUGAAGCUCAGAUGCCCCCGUGCUGUUGUUGCUGCAAGGGCUACCCUAGCACGCACCGCCCUUGUUAAAAAUUUACACCCUCAGCCACUGCCUGCAAAGGUGUUUGUUAUUGCUCUCUUAGGCAUGGCGGCUAAUGUGCCUUUGGGUGUUUGGAAGGAGCACACUGAGAAGUUUCACAUAUCAUGGUUUGUCGCUGUGCAUGCAGCCGUGCCCUUCAUAGCCAUGCUUAGGAAGUCAAUCUUAAUGCCCAAAACAGCUAUGGCUUUGACCAUCGGGGCUUCAAUCCUGGGGCAGGUUGUUGGCUCAAGAGCUGAAAGGCAUCGACUGAAAGCAGUGGCUGAAAGGGAGAAGGUGGCUGCUCAGACAGCAAUUGAUAUUGCUGUGGCUGGGUAUAAUGAUCUAAGCCAGGUCGAUUGCCAUUGUGGUAGAGAAGGAACUAUAUGGGGACCCGUUCCAGUCAAGGCCGGUAGACCAUCAUCUUCAUCAAACAAUGUUUGUUAUUGACAUCAGCACAUUCAACUGAUGGAGUGAGACAAAAUAAAAAAUGAAACAUUUGAUGUUAUAAUCUUGAGAAUACUUAUACAGUUUACUCUAAAUGUCAUGCUGACGUGGUAAGAAAAGUAACUUACCUGUUCCUGGAGUUAGCCAACUCACUUAUUGCUGGAGACGCGUUUCCUGUAAAAUAUUAAUAGUAUUUCGGUAUGAAUAAUUCUUUGCAGUUUCUAUCUGGAAAAAUAACCAAGACUUUUGUUUAUUAUA